AUGCAGCCACCGCGGUGGGUGAUAGUCCUCCUUCUGCUGGCGGUGUCCGUGCCGGCGCGCGUGGUGGCGGCGCACGUGUGUCCGCCGCUGUCGUGCGCGGCGACGCGGCUGGGGUACCUGUGGGACCACAACAACCAGGGCCACCUGGGGGAGGAGGAGCUGCAGGGCGACCUGCGCAAGUCGCAGCACUGCAUGCUGCUGUGCCGCCGCACGCGCGGUUGCUUCAUCUGGAUGUUCCGCUUCAGCAGCGACGGAGCGUUCUGCCGCAUGUGGUCGGCGGAGCAGAGUCCGUGCAACGUGGACCCCAGCGACGGCGCCAACCCCGUGCACUACAACCCCACGCCGCCCUGGGAGGGCUUCUUCGGCUUCGGCGGUAACUGCUCCUCCGACGCCGAUGCACCAGGGCAGGCGCAGGGGCAGGGGCAAGGGAUGGGGCAGGGGCAGGGGCAGGGGCAGGGGCAAGGGAUGGGGCAGGGGCAGGGACAAGUACAGGGCCAGGGGCAAAUUCCUCUUGGGUACGGGCAGGGCCCGCCGCAGGGAGGAAACGGUGGAGACCAGGGCCAAGGACAGCCGGGCCAGGGGCAGCAACAGGGGCAAGGGCAGCUCCCGCAGGGGCAGGGGCAGGGGCAGGGUUACCAGCAGGCGCAAGGCGCGUCACUGGGGUCGGGGCAGCUGCCUGCGCCUGGUGGCGUGGUGUCUGGGCCUAGGGGAGACCAGUGGCCGGGCGCGCAGGCGCAGGGAGGGGCGCAGGGGCAGGGGAACGGUCAGGAGUGGCAGGAUGCCACACGACAGGGAGGCUGGCAGGGGCAGGGGCAAGGAGAGGGGCAGGGGCAGGGGCAGGGGCAGGGGCAGGGGCAGGGGCAGGGGCAGGGUCAAUUUGGGGGGAGCGGCGGAGGUGGAAUGAAUGGGAGCGCUGUGCCUGCUGAGGAUUUAACUGUGCCCAAGGAGUACUUUCUGCCUGCUAGAGGAGUCCCCACGGAGCCGUGUCCGUGGCUCAAGUGCAACGUGGCGACGCGGGGGUUCCUGUUUGACCACCCGGCGCGCGGCCACCUCACCGUCAUCUCCACCGCCACCAGCCGCCGUCGCCGCGCUCACGACUGCUGGAGCACCUGCCGCAAGACAGAGGGGUGCGCCUUCUGGAUGUUCGAACAGGGCAACUCCCCCACAGGAUAUUGCAAGAUGUGGAACAACGAGCAGAACCCAUGUGACCCAGACAUGCCAGGUGAUCCCACGUCAGCACACUUCCAGCACAGGGAGGACAGGCGCUUCGUGGUGGGAGGGCACUGCAAGGGAGGAGCCUCCAACUUCCAGUUCCAGAACAGGCAAAGACAGUUGUAG